UUUCUCAUUUUCACCUAUUGCAGACAUGGCGUCUUUUAUUAGAAAAUAUAUAUUUAGGAAAACGAAAACUGUAGCAGAUGAAUCUACGGAAGAUCGAAUAUAUAGUUUGGAUGAUUUUGAUGAUACAUUAGCGAUUAUAAAGAAGGUGUUAUGGAUUGUGGGGCUACGUCUGACUCUCAAAGACUCCGAUAACGCCAGAUUUUGGUUUUCAGUAUUUUACUGGUUCGAAACUGCGAAUAUAUUGAUGGCGUUCACUUUGCAAACCAUGGAGACGAUCGAAGAUACUAAAGGAGCGUCUUCUUUCGAGGACGCCACUACUCUUUUUAGAAUGAUACCUUGUAUAGGAUUUUUACCGUUGGCAAUACUGAAGUCUUACAAGAUAACGUAUUACGAGUCAAUGUAUGAGAAUUUGAUUAAUGAAUUACGCAGCAUGUGGCCCCAGGGUAAGGUCACUGAAGAGGAACAUACCGUCAUUAGCAAAGCGUUAAAACAGCUAAGGAUUGUUUUGAAAGGAUAUUAUUGGUGCAACUAUGCUUUGGUCAUCAGCUGCGUCGUGCCGUGUUACAUCAUAAUAAUAAAAAAUAUUUUUGGUAAAAACGAGCCUGGUGUACUGCCGUUCCUUUGGUGGGUCCCUUUCGACCCUCUCCAGCCUAUUGUAUUUGAAGUUAUUGUGGUAAUACAAACAUGGCAUGCUAUUCUGGUUAUGUCGUUCAUUUUAAGCGGUGAUUUGCUAUACUUUUUUUUCAUAAGUCACAUUACAACGCAAUUCGACUUGUUGUCUAUUAAAGUUAAUAGAUUCAUUUUGGUCCCUACGGAUCAACAGUUGAUCGACAUAUAUCCAAUUGCAAUCCAUUAUAAAAACUUUAAAAAUAAACAUUCGCCACUGGAAUUAGUCGAAAUGCAAAACAAAAAACUAUGCGAAGCUAUCCACGAGAAAGAAUUAUUGGACAUAAUAGUACGUCACCGUACUUUGAUAAGAUUAUGUAAAGAUGUCGAGACCAUAUUUAGUUUCUCGUUGCUCGUCAGUUUCUUGAAUAGCUCUGUUAUCAUAUGCUUUAGUAAUUUCUGCUGUGUUGUGAUUGAAAAAUGGUACGAAUUUAUGUACAAGUCAUUUUUAAGUACUACACUAUGUCAAACAUGGCUUAUAUGUUGGUAUGGUCAGAAGUUGCUCGAUUCUGGUGAGAGACUAUCCCAGUCAUUAUACAGCUGUGGUUGGUAUUGGACAUCUCAGAAAAUCAAGAAGAAUAUACAUAUAAUGAUUCAUAGAUCUCAAAGAGAUGUAUGUGUGACUACAUAUGGAUUCACUAAAAUCUGCUUAGCUAGCUACACAGCGAUCAUUAAGACGUCGUGGUCGUACUUCACUCUGCUAGUACAAACCUACAAGCAAUAAAUUUCACACAAAUAGUUCUAUAGAGAUAAUUUAUGUAGCAGUUACAUUAUUAAAAGUAGUAUAGUGACGUAGUAAAUCUAUAUUGUAUGGCACCCAGUAUUCAUGAAUAAAGCAUUACAUAUACUUACAAUA